CUUUCACUGACAUAGGAGACUUAAAACAAUCCAAAGGGCUAAUCUUUAUCACCGGAAACAAAGAAACCACACGAAGACUUUCUUUCACUGACAUAGGAGACUUAAAACAAUCCAAAGGGCUAAUCUUUAUCACCGGAAACAAAGAAACCACACGAAGACUUUCUUUCACUGACAUAGGAGACUUAAAACAAUCCAAAGGGCUAAUCUUUAUCACCGGAAACAAAGAAACCACACGAAGACUUUCUUUCACUGAUAUAGGAGAUUUAAAACAAGUCAAGGAAUAUUUCACAAUAGAUAAAACAAAUCAAAUAGCCUUUUAUUGGUUUUCACGAGGCUUUCUAAAAUCGCUCAAAACAUGUGUCCCACAAGACUCCUGCGUUAUACCUCAAUUUGGUGUCAUUAUAAG